GGACGCUUCCUCUCCUAGCCGAGCUGGCACUCCGGUGAAGUGCAACAAGGACGGUGAAGACUUUGUUUAAGUUUGUGUCCUCCGGUGUCCUGCGGCAGACAUGGCCCCCAGCGCCCAGCUGAAAGAGGCAGUGGCCGACAUGCAGGAGGGGAUCCGGGCGAUCCUGCUCGGGCCGCCCGGGGCCGGGAAGGGGACGCAGGCCCCUCGACUAGCAGAGCAGUACUGUGUUUGCCACCUGGCCACCGGGGACAUGCUGAGAGCCAUGGUGGCGUCGGGCUCCGAACUCGGCAAGAGGCUCAAGGAGACCAUGGACGCUGGCAAACUGGUCAGUGAUGAGAUGGUGGUGGAGCUCAUAGAGAAGAACCUGGACACGCCCCCCUGCAGGAACGGCUUCCUAUUGGACGGAUUCCCCCGCACCGUCAAACAAGCAGAGAUGCUUGACGACUUGUUGGACAAGAGAAAGGAGCAGCUGGACUCGGUGGUCGAGUUUUCUGUUGACGACUCGCUGCUGGUCCGCAGGAUCUGUGGCAGACUAAUUCAUCAGCCCAGCGGCCGCUCCUACCACGAGGAGUUCAACCCCCCUAAAGAGCCCAUGAAGGAUGACGUGACCGGCGAGCCCCUGAUGCGGCGCAGCGAUGACAACGAGACGACGCUGCGCUCCCGUCUGGACGCCUACCACCGGCAGACGGUUCCCCUGGUGCAGUACUACAGAGCCAGGGGCCUGCACACGGCCAUCGACGCCGCCCAGGCCCCCAACGUCGUUUUCGCCUCCAUUGUAGCUGCUUUCUCCGCUGCCGUGGAAACCGCUGCCCGUGCCUCUGGUUGAGCUCCUGAGCCGCUUCUUGCCCACCAUGGCGAAGGAUUAUUGGGGGGGCAGAUGGAGGGGUGGGUAUGGAUGUUUGGAGGGAGGGAGGGGGUAACAAACAGGGGGAGUCCUUGUACCACAGAGCGUAACGUUAAAUUUUGCAGUGCUGCUGGGCUGUGAGUCGUCAGUGCAUUACUAUUUUCUGUGCAUUCUCAUAGGAAUGAUUGAAGCCAUCUUAUUAAUAUAUUCCCCAUGUUUUCCCCCUCUAAUAAACCUCAAGAUGCUUUUCUACAUUCAUCA